AUGUCGUCGGUGAAGGUGGCGGUGAGGGUCCGCCCCUUCAACUCACGGGAGAUCUCCAAGGAGUGCAAAUGCAUCAUUGAGAUGUCCGGCAACACAACAGUGAUAGUGAACCCGAAACUUCCACAGGGGCACAAAGAGGCCGCAAAAAGCUUCAACUUUGACUUCUCUUACUGGUCACACAAUCAAAAUGAUCCCGAGUUCUCCUCUCAAAUUAUGGUCUAUAAAGACAUCGGGGAGGAGAUGCUGCAACAUGCUUUCGACGGAUACAACAUAUGUAUAUUUGCGUACGGACAAACCGGCGCUGGUAAAUCCUACACGAUGAUGGGUCGCGGCGAAGAAGGUCAAGAGGGCAUCAUCCCUCAGAUAUGCAAGGACCUCUUCCGCCGCAUCCGACAAACGACUAGUGAUGACCUCACGUACUCAGUGGAGGUGUCUUACAUGGAGAUAUAUUGUGAACGGGUGCGUGACCUUCUGAAUCCCAAGAACAAGGGAAACCUGCGCGUAAGAGAGCACCCAGCGCUCGGACCCUACGUGGAGGACCUGAGCAAGUUGGCUGUCACUUCAUACCAAGACAUCUACGACCUCAUCGAUGAAGGCAACAAGGCUAGGACCGUCGCGGCCACGAACAUGAACGAGACGUCAUCUCGCUCCCACGCGGUUUUCACGAUAUUCUUCACGCAACAGCGCCACGACAAGACCACCAAUCUGAUGUCGGAGAAGGUGUCGAAGAUCUCGCUGGUCGAUUUGGCCGGGUCGGAGCGAGCUGACUCCACCGGCGCCAAAGGCACCCGCCUCAAGGAGGGCGCCAACAUCAACAAGUCCCUCACCACCCUCGGGAAAGUAAUUUCCGCCUUGGCAGAAAUCGCAUCGAAGAGUAAGAAGUCUAAGAAGGCGGACUUCAUCCCGUACCGUGACUCCGUGCUGACUUGGUUGCUGCGCGAGAAUCUUGGCGGCAACUCCAAGACGGCGAUGAUAGCGGCCAUAUCGCCAGCCGACAUCAACUACGACGAGACCCUGAGCACGCUCAGAUACGCCGAUCGCGCCAAACAGAUCGUCUGCAAGGCGGUUGUCAACGAAGACGCCAACGCGAAACUCAUACGCGAGCUCAAGGAGGAGAUCCUGAAACUUCGCGAGCUCCUCAAAGCCGAGGGCAUCGACGUCGAAGAGGGCGAGGAGAACACAUCGCCGGCUCGCAAGAAGAGUGAAGAGACGGCCCUCUCGCCGAAGUUGUCCAGAGCAGCCACCACCAUUGCCGAAGAGGCCGUCGAUCAACUGCAAGCUUCUGAGAAACUCAUCGCAGAGCUGAACGAGACGUGGGAGGAGAAGCUGAAACGCACGGAGCAGAUACGCGUGCAGCGCGAAGCGGUCUUCGCCGAGAUGGGCGUGGCCGUUAAGGAGGGCAUCACGGUCGGGGUCUACUCGCCGAAGAAGACGCCGCACCUGGUCAACCUGAACGAGGACCCCAACCUCUCCGAGUGCCUGAUCUACUACAUCAAAGACGGUGUGACUCGUCUGGGCACGUCCGAAGCCAACCUACCGCAAGAUAUACAGUUGUCCGGCUCUCAUAUCCUCAGCGAGCAUUGCAUAUUCGAGAACACAGAUGGCGUGAUCUGUCUUAUACCUCACCAUGGGGCCCUCGUCUACGUCAACGGUCGAGAGGUCAAGGAGCCGAUAAUCCUGAAGACCGGUUCCCGCGUCAUCCUCGGCAAGAACCACGUGUUCCGCUUCACCCACCCCGGACAGCGGUACGAGCCCUGCAUCAAGGAAAUCGCCGACACAACAGAAAAUGCCGAAACUAAUAACGACGAGGGCAAGGACGGCGAGAACAUCGACUGGGACUUCGCCCAGUGCGAGCUGCUUGAGAAACAGGGCAUUGACCUGAAGGCAGAGAUGCAGAAGCGCCUCCUCGCCCUCGAGGAGCAGUUCCGCAGGGAGAAGGAGCACGCUGACCAGCAGUUCGAAGAGCAGCGGAAGAAUUACGAAGCCCGCAUCGAUGCACUCCAACGCCAGGUGGAGGAGCAGAGCGUCACCAUGUCUAUGUACAGUUCGUACACACCGGAAGACUUCCACAAUGAUGAAGACAUAUUCGUGAACCCACUGUUUGAGACAGAGUGUUGGUCGGCGCGAGAGGUGGGGCUGGCCGCGUGGGCGUUCCGGAAGUGGAAAUACCACCAGUUCACCUCGCUCAGGGACGACCUGUGGGGCAACGCGAUCUUCCUGAAGGAAGCGAACGCGAUCUCCGUGGAGCUGCGCAAGAAGGUGCAGUUCCAGUUCACGCUGCUGACUGACACCCCGUACUCGCCGCUGCCCGCCGAGCUGGCGCCCCGCGACGACGCCGACGACGAGUACCGCCCGGGCGCGCCCACCGUCGUCGCCGUCGAGGUCACCGACACGAAGAACGGCGCGACCCACUACUGGACCCUCGAGAAGCUCCGCCACCGCCUGGAGCUAAUGCGUCAGAUAUACAACAUGAACGAGAGUGCGUGCGGUGAUGAGGAAGAGGAUGUGUCGCCGUCCGCACCGGCGCUCCCCUCGCCGGAGGCGCAGGCCCAGGGCUCCGCCCCGGCGACCCAGCCCGACAUACUGCAGUGCAUAUCCGCCUGCGCGCAGCAGACGCGCCUGUCGCUAGCCAACCUGCUGCCCUCGAGGCAAAGGCUGGAGCUGAUGCGCGAAAUGUACCACAACGAGGCGGAGCUCUCCCCCACGUCACCGGAUCACAACAUCGAGUCGGUCACCGGCGGUGAUCCCUUCUACGAUCGUUUCCCGUGGUUCCGUAUGGUCGGACGGAGCUUCGUUUACCUGUCGAAUCUCCUGUAUCCGGUUCCCCUCAUUCACAAGGUCGCUAUAGUGAAUGAGAAAGGAGACGUGAAGGGCUACCUACGUGUAGCCGUGCAGGCGGUCAUCGACGCCGAAAAGAACAACGCCGAGCUGGCGGCCGGCGUGAAGCAGUCGGCCAAGAUCUGCUUCGACGACGACGCGGCGCCGGCCAGGUCCCGCCUCAAGGCGCUCUCCGCAAUAGAGAAGAACAACGCGCUCAACCUGGAGGAGCGCAUCGCGGACGUGCCCGACUCCAACAUCAAGAUCGAAGAGCUGGCGGUGGGCGAGUGCGACGCGGACAGCGGCCGCGGCGACAGCUCGCUCGCCUCCGAGCUGAAGGAGGAGGAGCUGCCCGAGCACCUCACGCUCGGCCGCGAGUUCACCUUCCGCGUGACCGUGCUGCAGGCGCACAGCGUCUCCACAGACUACGCGGACGUCUUCUGCCAGUUCAAUUUCCUACACCGCAACGAGGACGCGUUCUCUACGGAACCCGUCAAGAACACCGGCAAGAAUACACCCCUCGGAUUCUACCACGUACAAAAUAUUACUGUACCAGUGACUAAAUCCUUCGUGGAAUACAUAAAGACCCAACCGAUCGUAUUCGAAGUGUUCGGCCAUUACCAGCAACAUCCCCUGCACAAGGACGCGAAGCAGGACGGGCCGGUGGCGGGGCGCACCCCCCCUCGCCGCAUGCUGCCGCCCUCGAUCCCGAUCUCGGCGCCGGUGCGCAGCCCCAAGUGGGGCGCGGCCAGCGUGGCGCCGCCCUGCUGCUCCUCGCACCUGCACUCCAAGCACGACCUGCUCGUCUGGUUCGAGAUCUGCGAGCUCGCGCCCAGCGGCGACUACGUGCCGGCCGUGGUGGAGCAUAGCGACGAGCUGCCGUGUCGCGGGCUGUUCGUGCUGCACCAGGGCAUCCAGCGGCGCAUCCGCAUCACGAUCCUGCACGAGCCCUCCGCCGACCUGCAGUGGAGCGACGUGCGCGAGCUCGUCGUUGGCCGCAUCCGCAACACGCCCGAGCCGAACGAGGACUCGAACGACGGCGACGAGGAUGGUGCCCUGUCAUUGGGGCUGUUCCCAGGAGAGAGGCCGGCGCUGGACGACCGUGCCGUCUUCAGGUUUGAGGCGGCAUGGGACAGCAGCCUGCACGGUUCUCCCUUGCUGAACAGGGUCAGCGCGAACGGGGAGGUCGUCUACAUUACACUCAGCGCGUAUCUGGAGGUGGAGAACUGCGGCCGUCCGGCCAUCGUGACCAAGGACCUGUCCGUGGUGGUGGUGGGGCGCGAGCGGUCGGGGCGCUCGCUGCGCCGCGCCCUGUUCGGCUCGCGCUCCGCCCGCGCGGACCACCUCACCGGCGUCUACGAGCUCAGCCUGCACCGCGCCCUCGAGCCGGGAGUCCAGCGCCGUCAGAGGCGGGUGCUGGACACCAGCGGCACUUACGUGCGCGGCGAGGAGAACCUGCACGGCUGGAGGCCGCGCGGCGACUCGCUCAUCUUCGACCACCAGUGGGAGUUGGAGAAGAUGACCCGCCUGGAGCAGGUGGGGCGCACGCGUCACUUCCUCGCGCUGCGCGAGCGUCUGCGCCACGGCCACGAGAACACCGUCGCGCCCAACGAUUUCACCAAGACCGAGAAGGAGGUGUGCAACAUGGCGGCGAAGGCGGCGGGCGAGUGCGCGCACGCGGCGCCGCCCCGCGACGACUCCGUGUACGAGCCGUGGGAGAUGUCGCAGCGCGAGCGGGACCUCGCCGCCAAGUACAUCAGGCUCAUACAGGGACGGAUAGGAUCGAGCGGCAAGGAAGUGGAAGCCGCCGUCUCUCCGUCUACUCCCGUCGACGAGGGGGUCUCUGCAGAUAUUUCUACUCCCAGCCUCCUGUCAUCCAUACACAGCGCUAGCAGUUUCGAGCUGUGCUCGCCGGAGCGCGCGCUGCUGGAGCGGCAGGUGGCGGCGUGGGGGGGCGCGGGCGGCGGCGGGGGCGGGGCGCUCUUCGUGCCCGACUGCGAGGAGGUGCGCGUGUCGGCCGCCGUGGCGCGCCGCGGCUACCUCAACGUGCUGCAGCACGGCACGCACGGCUGGAAGAAGCGCUGGCUGGUGGUGCGCCGGCCUUACGUAUUCAUCUACCGCGACGAGCGCGAUCCGAUUGAGCGCGCUCUCAUCAACCUCGCCAACGCGCACGUCGAGUACUCAGAGGACCAGGAGCAGAUGGUCCGCAUGCCCAACACCUUCAGCGUUGUGAGCAAGGAGCGAGGAUACCUCCUGCAGACCCUCGGCGAUAAGGAGGUGCACGAUUGGUUGUAUGCCAUCAACCCACUACUGGCUGGACAGAUUAGGUGUGCGGGCACAGGUCGCGGUCGGCGCGGCGCGGCGACAAGGCGGCCUCGGCGCUCGCAUGAGAACUCGUCAUGGACUCUAUCCUCGUUCAUUAGGCGCGUCGCAGUGCGCGAACGCACCGCUAACGGACAU